UUCCGGCGUCACAACGCAGCUUUCCAGUGCGGCUUUAGCAGCUGUUCAGGCGCCCGUUCGACUGGAGCAGCCUACAUCUUCCGGCGUAACCUUCUCAACGCAACUCUCUGCCUCACGCCUUGCUUUGUCGCCGCCUCCAUCCUUGGGAUCAUACCGUCUGUUCAACAUGCUGGAACCUUUUUCAUGGACACCUACAACAACUCAUAUGAUUCCACAGCCUCCUGCAGCGGCGUCUUCAACACCGACAGCUCCCAGUGCCAUACCGUACUCGGGUCCGACCUUCUCCGGGCAGCCUGGUCUCUCGCCGUUCGAUGCUCCUUCACAGCACCUACAGCCGGGGUCAACUACGGUAACAUUAUCCACCUUGUCCAAUCAAUUAUCUUUCUCCACACCAAAUGUUACAAAUAUUGUCACCACCCGAUUGGAUGCGGUUGAGGAUUAUUUACCAUGGCAUACACAGUUUGAGUCUUUUUUAGUCUCUCAUGGUCUAUUAGGCAUAAUUGAUGGCUCUAUCCCUGCACCGCCAAAAUUCAAGUUUGAUAAUUUUAAUAGAGAGGCUUCCAACCCUAAAUAUCACUCCUGGCUUAAAAUUGAUCAAACUGUGCGUUCAUGGUUAUUUGCUACACUUUCCCGGAAUAUUUUACUUGAGGUACAUACUAUUCGUUUUUCUGCUUUGAUUUGGGAACGAUUAGAGAUUAGAUUUAUGGCGGCUUGUGUAGCACGUUCUAUGGAAUUAAAAAGGUUGUUAAGUGCUCUAAAGAAAAAGGAGGACCAAUCAAUGGAUGGCUACUUACGUGAAAUUAUUGUUUUGACUGAUGUUUUAAAUGCAAUUAAUUCCCCGGUUAGCAACCGUGAACUUCUUCAGACUACCAUCGAAGGACUUGGUCCCGAAUAUGAAUCUGUUAUCACCUCUGUCACCUUAUUUCCGGAUAGCUUCACGCUUGAUACACUUCGUCCGCAACUCAUGGCUUUGGAACAACAUGCGUUAUUUCUCCGGUCUCACAAUUCACAUCCGGGUCACCAGGCGUUUGCUACCGACUUCACUGCUGCCGCACAUCCUCCAGAUCAUGGUAAUGCGCCCUCGCGAGGUACUGGCCGUGGGUAUCGUGGUGGUCGAGCUCGUGGUCAUCGCGGACGAGGCCGAGGAUAUGGCGGGCAGCCUGGACACAGCUAUGCUCCACAACCGGCGUUCCAGUUUGCUCGACAGCAGCAAGGUCCUUCCAAUGGACAGUUUCUUUGGCAGCAAGGACCUCCUCCGGUGCGUGGUGUUGCACAGGCUGGGUAUCAAGGAUUCCCAUCUGUUGAGCAAAAUUAUCAAUCACCACCACCGCUUGUAGUCUGUUGUCAACUUUGUUUUUCCCCAGGUCAUUCUGCCAUGUCAUGUUCACAUUUCACAGGAUCUUCCACCCCGGCACUGGCGGUUAUCCCCACGGGUGAAACAAACGCUGCUGUUUGGUACCCUGAUUCCAGUGCAUCUGCUCAUAUGACCCCGAAUGAAGGACAAUCACACGGGAGCCAUACUCCUUCAGGCAACCAAUAAAGACUCCGUCUAUCCAUUUAAAGCAGCCUCCCAGCCACUUUCAUCUCUUGCCUUAAAGACACAUCUUGUUUCAGGUCCGGUCUGGGAUAACCGUCUUGGUCAUUGUGGGGAUCGUAUUUUAUUAUCUCUUAGGAAAAAUAAUUUAAUUUCUAGUACUAGUAAUUUUUCACACGAUUGUGUCUCAUGUAAACUGGGCAAGUCCCAUCGUCUUCCUUUUCAAGAUGUUAUUCAUAAUUUUACUGCACCAUUACAACUUAUUCAUUCUGAUGUUUGGCAAUCGCCUGUGUUAUCUCAUUUAGGAUUUAAAUAUUAUGUCUCAUUUAUUGAUGACUUUUCUAGAUUCACUUGGGUUUAUC